UGACACAUCUCAUGAGAUGAGUGAGACUGCUGGGUCAUUGCUGACAACAGAAGAAACCCAGCGGGCAUAAGUAUAUAUACAGAACAAAGGGUGACAGCACACCCUGUCAGCAUGGAUGUGUCGGUGGUGUGGGGGCUGCUGCUUUGUGCCCUGGUCCAGCAUGGAUCAGCACUCAUCAGGAUACCAUUAACCAAGUUCACGUCUAUCCGCCGGACUUUAUCUGAAGCUUCUGGGGAGGUGGAAAAAAUAAUCGGAAGUGAUGGCUACAAGAAGUAUUACCCCGGAUUCCCACCCAAUGGAGGUCCUACGCCAGAGACACUGAAGAACUAUUUAGAUGCUCAGUACUAUGGAGAGAUUGGCAUUGGGACCCCUCCACAGAUAUUCACAGUAGUGUUUGAUACAGGAUCUUCUAAUCUCUGGGUACCCUCCAUCCACUGCUCCCUUCUGGACAUUGCUUGCUUGGUUCACCACAAGUAUGAUUCUUCCAAAUCCUCUAGCUAUGUAAAGAAUGGCACAGAAUUCUCCAUACAGUAUGGCAGCGGCAGUCUGUCUGGGUACCUGAGUAAGGACACUGUGACGAUUGGCAACCUAGCGGUAAAAGGACAACUUUUUGGGGAAGCCAUAAAGCAGCCAGGAAUUACCUUCAUAGCAGCCAAGUUUGAUGGUAUUUUGGGAAUGGCUUACCCUCGUAUCUCUGUGGAUGGGGUCCCUCCUGUGUUUGACAACAUGAUUCAGCAGAAAUUGUUGGAAACAAAUAUUUUCUCCUUCUACCUGAACAGAAACCCAGAUGCUCAGCCCGGUGGGGAACUAUUACUGGGAGGCACCGACCCCAAGUAUUACACAGGAGACUUUAAUUAUGUGAAUGUCACCCGCAAAGCAUACUGGGAAAUUCACAUGGACCAGUUGGGUGUUGGGGAUCAACUCACACUAUGUAAAGGUGGCUGUGCAGCCAUUGUAGACACUGGGACCUCACUGAUCACUGGUCCAAAGGAAGAAGUUCUUGCCCUGCAGAAAGCUAUUGGAGCCAUCCCAUUAACUCAAGGAGAGUACAUGGUACAGUGUGAGAAGGUCUCCUCAUUACCUGUCAUCUCUCUAAGACUUGGGGGUCGAGAAUACACCCUGACAGGAGAACAGUAUACACUGAAGGUGACACAAGGAAGCCAUGCAAUCUGUGUGAGUGGCUUCAUGGGACUCGAUAUUCCCCCUCCGGCAGGCCCCCUGUGGAUUUUGGGAGAUGUCUUCAUCGGCCAAUAUUAUACUGUAUUUGAUCGAGUUAAUGACCGGGUUGGGUUUGCUAAAGCCAAGUGAUGGAAGUACCGCAUAAAGUCCCAGAAAUUUCCGAUCUUCCCAUGAACUUAAUGCAACAACUGCCGACAGCUACCGACUAUGUGGCACUUAGUGGUAACAUGCAAAUAAUUGACUUGUUUCAUUUGCACCGAAAUGUAGACUUAUUUUUCGUCCACAUUGAAAUUGCCUGUAUCCUAGUGCUUAGGUGAAGAAAGUCUAGUCACUCGAUGCCUUUGGAUAGCAUAUAGACUUUUUACCAAUAAUAUCAAGCCGUAAAUCAGAAACUGCAGUCUGGGGUAAAACUUAGUUACUGUAUUUGUUAGGAGCACCUUCAAUUGCUUUGUGGUUGUAUAUAUUGUUAACACUACUAGUUAUGUGCAAAAAGCAGGGGUUUGUUUUCCAUUAUAAGGUUGUGUUCCUAAUGCAUAAGAAGUACAUACAGAAUAAAUACAAUAAAAACCUUAUGAGGAAAUGCUUAGCUGUUAGUGUUAUGUCCCCCUUUUAUAUUGUCAUGUCCGGCACGGCUUCACUUCAAUGGAGUUGAUCUGGGUUGUGUUAUCUAUGCACUGACUUUUGUGUUUACCUGAAACAAUGUAGGGUUCUUUCGAAAACAGAAGAAGAUUCACAAAUAAAAUUUGUUGUAGACAGA